UGUGUUUCUCAAGGAGUGCAUCCACACGCGCGCUUCGUAGCCUUCGAUGACUCGUGCGCAGUGACGUUCUCGAGGCCGCAGGAGGACCGCCUUCCCAGACUCGAGCGACGGCGCGUGAAAGCUGGGUCAUAUGAGCUCGCUAGAGCGACUUUAUUAAUCUGUACGCUUCAUUUUCCUGUUAUGCCAUCGGUUCGUAAAUAAACCAGAUAUAAGUUGUACACGAAAUAUGUGGUACUAGAAGCUAAAUACUUAGCCUCAACGUUCCAGAAAUAAGAAGAUACAUUCCAGAAGAUACAUUCAUAUGCGUCUAUGACUGCCAUUUUGUGAUAUAAACAUGGUGCAAUAACUAUAGACACUAUAGACAUCAGUGCAAAUAUUGGAUUAUCAAUAGUACUCAACAUCAGUUUGUCAUAUUCUAAAACAAUCCACAGACUACUCAUUUAAAUGUUAUGUGAUUCUUAAGCGUCGUUCCCCUCAAUAGACUGCUACUAGAUAAGGUUCAUAUUAACCCCAUCACCCAAGCCGAGCCUGACAAGCUCGUCACAGAUGACAGGUCCAUCUGGUUUGUGAUAUGUAGUCGAUGAUAGUAGCUGAUAAGUAACGAGUGCCGAUAACUCGGAACGCACCGAUAAACAGUAAACAUUUCCCUUUUUUGUUACUUAUCACCGUCAUUGUUUCAUAAUGAAGCUGAAGCCAUAAGGAAGCAUGCUAGGCACAAAUCCAGGGAUGGGGUGGUUACGUUUCACACUUAUGGGAGAUUAAGAGACAUUCACAUCCUGAUAUUUUGCACAAAAAGUGAUACAAGAAAGCCAGAGGGUCUUGCAUGGCUGUGAGAUAACAUCCAGAUCUGCGGAUGUCGCCAUGCUCGUAUCAAAACUCACUGCUCUAGUGUUCGGCCUUCUGGUUGUCCUCGUCUCCUUCUCGUUCGGGGCGGCGAUCAGGGGCGCGUCGGGCCUCCCACACAGCAGCCUCAGGAGGGUCAAGUCCCCGGUGUCUCAGAACAAAGUUAUACGGCCUGCCGAAGACCAUGGGGAAGCAGCGAUUAAAGAAGAGCCGCGAGGUCUGGACUUAACCUUGGACAUGAAAAUGACGGACAACGGAAACGGUAGAUAUGACAGCGCUGCAAUCUUACUUUCCAAACAGCCGGGAGAUAAUGGCUACACGGCGGAGGAAAGCGUUACGAAGGAACUGGUCAGAAGUGGAGAAAGACUGACCUCUAGCUCCAUGACUGACGAAGUCCUAACAGCGAAAGUUAAGACUCACGUGAGAAAAGAAGUCAGUAAGAAUAAAGUCCCUCUCCUUUCCUCGACUGAGAGUCUCCAGAAAUCAGAAGAAUCUUCGUUGGCCCCAGAAGACGCCAUGUUUCCUACAACAGGAAAGAGAAUAAAGGUGGAAAAGGGUGAUGGGGUUAAAGGCGACACCCUUUCGUCACAUUCGAAGAACAGGUGCGAGUUCAGGUCGACGCCACCUGAGGUAGUCUUCCCAGAUGCGUUCGAAGAAUUUUCUAAGUCGAUGAAAGCAAGCCUCAGCCGCAAUGACGAACCUGAAGACGUGUUCCUCGACAGCCUCCUUCCUGACGGAUGCCACUACAUGGAGAGGCAGAAGAAGAAAGUCAUGUGCACCGGAUCCAACAUGACGUCCAUCCCCGAGUUCGACCACGCGAGGAACAUCGAAACACUGCACUUCAGCGGGACGUCCAUCGUACAGGUGACCAACCUCGACCCCCUCCCGAGAUCCCUCAAGGGGCUCUACUUCUCCAACGGCAUGCUCAAGGUCUUUGACGGCAGGAACCUCAACAGGGUGUCUGGGCUCGAGGUCCUCUCCCUCGACGCCAACUUCAUCAACAGCUGGAGCUUCGUCACCACCUUCUACUCCAUGGGCGGCUUCGCUGAGCAGAACACCAUCAAAUUGCUCGACAUUCAAAGCAACCAUAUAACUUAUCCACCUCAGCCGGUCGGGGACAACGAGACAGUAUUGCCUUUCCUGGAGACUUUCGUGCUGAACGAUAACCCCUUGUGUUACUUGCCAGACACGCUCUUCAAGCCUCUUAGGAACAGUAAUGUCACCAGGCUUUAUCUGAAGAACUGCAACAUCAACGAAUUUUACGGAUCUCCCUUAUCCUACUUACCAAACUUGGAAAUCUUGGACCUCACGAACAACAGGGCCAUUAACGAAACCGAGCUGAGGGACCUUCUGAUGCCUCUUGGCCGCCUGAAGGAACUGUACCUCGGUAACAACAACUACCCGACCGUCCCUACCAGAGCACUCUCCUUGGUGAACGGCACGCUACAGAAGCUGGACCUCCAUUCCUCGACCUUCACAUGCCUCGACAACUCUUCAUUUCCAGUGAUGCCGAUCCUGACGCACCUCAACCUCAUGUACUGCAGGAUCAACGCGAUCCGGGAAUACACAUUCCAGGGAUUCCCGAUGCUGCAGGAACUGAACUUGGACGGGAACAGCCUCACCACAGUCCCCCCGGAGGUGCUGCUUCCCUCGUUGCAGACCCUGACGCUGAGCGACAACCCGCGCGCCAACGGCAACGACGGCGACCAGCGCUUCACCAUGGACGACGUCAGCUUCCGGAACAUGGUCAACCUCAAGACGAUCACCUUAAAUCAGGUCAUAAUGGAAAAGAUAGAGAGCUCUUACUUCAAUGACCUGUACAAUCUCGAGGAACUUUUUCUAACGGGAUGUGGCAUAAAAACCAUCGAAAACUUCAGCUUCAUUCGCUCUCGCCCGAUAGUGUUUCGGACACUCGAGAAAUAGACAUGUUUUUAGAGAGCAUCAGAGCCCCUUCGCCUCUCAUUCCUUGGCUGUCCAAGAUACGAAGGAACGCGAGGGCCGUGGGAACCCGAGAAUGGGAGGAGGAGAAUCUGCAGAAGAAAAUUAUAGCAACUUUGCCCUUCAGCGACCUCGUAAACCUGAGGACGCUCAACCUCUCCGAAAACAAGAUCAUUCAAAUCUCACCCGAAUUAUUCCACAACCUCACGAACCUCCUGUUUCUCGACAUCAACAACAACAGGCUGAUGACCUGGGACGAGCCGGUGUUCGGGUCCAUCCCCAACCUAACGGAGCUCCACCUGAGGAUGAACUUGCUCGAUGGCAUCACCGACGCGAUGGAGGAGGACUUCCGGAAAGAGAGCCUCAAACUCGUCGACCUCCAAAACAACAGCUUCAAGUGCGACUGUAGCCUGAGCAAGUUCAAUAGGUCGCUCAACACAUCGAACUUCCUGAACUGGCCUUAUCAGUGCACGGAGGGGGAGGCAGACGUGGACAUGGAGGAAUACAUUGCGAGGGCGCCGUGUAACUUUGCUACCCAGCCGCAGGGCCACGUUCGGGUGCGGACCAUCGUCAUCGCCUUCCUUCUCUCGGGCUUGCUCCUGGUGGCCUCCGUCAUGGUCUACAGAAAGCGAUGGUAUGUGCGCUACUUCGUGUACACCGUGAGGAUGAGAGCAAAGGUCACGCAUGAUGAAGCCGACAAGUACCUGUACGACACCUUCGUCUGUUACUCGCAGACGGACCGCCAGUGGGUGUUCGAGCACCUGGUGGCCAAGCUGGAGGACGGAGGGAGGUACCGAGUGUGUAUCCACGAGCGAGACUUCACAGUUGGCCAAGAGAUAACAGAAAACAUUAUCAGUAGUGUCGAACGGUCACGCAAGGUCGUAGUGGUUCUGUCGCCGUCCUUCAUCAGGAGCAGCUGGUGCAUGUUCGAACUCCAGAUGGUCAGCAACAAGAUCCUCGACGAAAGGAAAUCCAAACUGAUCAUGCUGCUUCUGGAGCGCAUCCCGGAGGAGGAGCAGCCCAAGAAACUGAAGUACUUGCUCAAGACGAGAACCUACAUCGAGUGGGUUCCGGACCUCGAGAGUCAAAAGCUCUUCUGGGCAAGGUUGCUGAGAGCCAUAGCCAAGCCUUCGGAUAGUGAGGCCAUCGCAGCGUCGACGAAGUUAUAGCUGAGGCUCUGAGUGAAGUCCUGACUCCUGUUUACAUAUAGUGUUUGCUUUUAAAGGUGACUAAACUGUGUUAUUGGUAAAACAUUCCGUUUUGGAACCUGAACAGGCUGCCUCUGUGGAAUGUCUGAACUACUCCAAGAGAGCUUAUAGACAUCGUGUAUGAUAUUCCUAUUAAUCUUUGGUUCUCUUGUGAGUUUUGUUGUAUAAACAGUGAAGUCUUGUAUGAUAA